AGGGUCGCCUGAGCGGGUUCAGGGCUUCCUUAUGGUUGGCGUGCUAGGCUCCUGCUAGUUCUGCGCCGAAGGUGGGAGACUGGUGUGCUUUGUAUAUUUUGUGGAAAAAACUGCUGAAGAUACUAAAGGGCAGCUCUUCUACUGACAACUCAUAAGGAAAUAAUUUACCACCUACUUAGGAUUAGAAGACAAGCUCAUUCUUAUAGUCUUCUGAAACAAAAUUAGGAUGGAUCGGGGAGAUGAAUAUUCCCAUAAUUCUUUUGACCUACAUUGUUUGUUAAAUUCAUUUCCUGGAGACUUGGAGUUUAAGCAGAUCUUCAAUGACAUUGAUGAAAAGAUAGAACAAAAUGCCAUAAGCAUAGAACACUGCAUUAAAGAAAUACAGUCUGAAGUUAACAAACAAUGUCCAGAUGUGCAGCUACAAACAACAACUGAUUGUUUUGAAUGGCUAAAUAAUUAUAAUUAUAAUUCAUCCAAGUCACCAUCCAUUCCCCAUGGAGAUAUGAUAAAAUUUCUCAGAACACUGCAAGAUUUGUUGAAGAAUGAACAAAAUCAAGAAGAAAUCGUAUUGGAUUUACUUUGGGACCUCUCCUGCCACAGCAGUGUUUCCUUCCCAUCCACUCUAAGUGGAACAUCUUUCCAUUUCCUCUCUAGUACUUCUCUUCAUUCUGUUGAAGAUCAUUCCUCUAUGGAUGUAAAGUCUAUAUGGGAUGAUAUAAGACUACAUCUUCGACGCUUCUUAGUGAGCAAAUUACAAACCCACAAUGAAAUAAACAAUUCACAGCAAAAAAUUUUGUUGAAAAAUCAAUGCAUACAACAACUCUUAUUUCUGUAUCCAGAAUCAGAAGUUACAAUCAAGUACCAAAACAUACAGAAUAAACUGUUGACUAAACUUCUGCAGAACUGCUUUCCUUCUUACAGCAAAGAAGCAAAUUUAGACAUAAUGGCUAAUGGAUACCAAGGUACAAUGCUUAAGUUAUACUCAAUGAUAAAAGAGGAUUUUAACACACUACGUGAAAUUUUAGCUCCAUCCUCAACAGUGAAAUUCAUUAAAGAAACUUACCUGGAUACUGUUACAGAAGAAAUGGCAAAAUUUCUUGAAAAUUUUUGUGAGCUGCAGUUCAAAGAAAGUGCUGUCCGUGUGAUUAAAACAAGCAAGAGCUCCAGCAGGCAUAGAGGAGCAGUGCAUGCUUUGGUUACUCCUGAAUGCCCACAGAAAGGAAGAAAUGUUUUCCUCUCCUUACAUGAACUCGAGUUCUUAUCACAGCUCAUAAAAUCCUUUUUGAAGUUGGAACAAAAUGUUCAGGAAUUGUUUGAAGAAAUGUUUUUAUGGCUCAAGACACCCAGGAAUACUUCAGAAAUUUUGGAGACAUCCAAUAGAGAAGUUGUAAUAGAGAAACCUAGAACAAAUGAAACCAGUAUUCCUUCAGAGCAAUUGCUACCAGUAAAAGAGGCUACUUUACUAAAUUUUGGCUGGAGAAGUGCAUUUAAAGAAGUGUCUCUUCCCAUGGCACAUUGUAUAACAACAGCCAUUGAAGACUUUUCCACAAAAAUUCUCCAACAGGAACAGAAUGAAAGGUCUUCAGCUAUGAGCUAUGCUUUGAACCUUGUAAAUGUCCAGCAAGUUUGGCAAGAUAACCGUGCGGUUCCUGAGGCAGACCAACCAAAGAAAAUUGCAAAGUUUUGUUCUGACAUCAUGGAAAAACUUGACACAAUCCUUCCACUGGCUCUGGCAUGCAGAGAUGAUUCUUUUCAGGAAAUUAGAGCAAACUUUGUGGAGGCCUGUUGUAAAGUGGCAACAGCUGUCCUGGCCAGACUGCAAGAGAGAGGCAAGGAGGUUCCUUCCAAAGCACCCCUGAAAAACUUGCACAUGCUGCUCUCCACGGCAGUGUAUGUCUUCCAGCAUUUUAUGCAAUAUGAUAAUUUGAUGAAAGAAAAUACUAAGAAACCCAUAUUCCUGGUACCUGUCCAACGAUAUCAGGAAUUCAUCAACACUCUACAGUUUCAGGUUACGGACUACUGCGUCAGAGUUUGUGCUACAAGCAUUUUACAGGAUGCUGAGAGCCACCACUGGGAUGACUACAAAGCUUUUUAUGAGGGGGAAAGAUGCUCCUUCUCGCUCCAGAUGUGGCAUUAUUUCUUCUGGGCGCUUCAUCACGAUCUCUGGACCAUUCUGCCCCCUAAGUUAGGCCAGGAGAUUCUAGCAGAAGUGCUGGAGAAAUCUUUGGGUCUCCUGGCCUCCAGAUAUGCUCGGGCCCAUCCCAGUUAUAAGAGAACUCCACAGAUAAGACUUGAUGUCACAACAAUUUUAAUAUGCACUGAGAACAUGUUAUGGUCAGUUUGCACAUCUGUACAGAAGCUUUUGAAUCCUCAUGAGUGUGUAGAUGAUAAAAUUUUAAAAAUUCAUACCCAUUGUAAUAAUCUCUUCACAACAUUAGUCAUUUUGACUUCACCACUAACUGAAUUAUACCAGACUUUUCAGCAUGGCAUGGACGAUUCUGGCCCAGAUUCCUUAAAGCCAUUUUUCAAGCAACCAUUACAUUGGCUUUCUUGCAUAUCACAUUUCUACCCUUCUUUACUCAGGACUCCAUCAGCUGGACGAUUGACAGCUGAGGGUCAAUUGAAACUGCUCUUAUCCCAGCCAGCCUGUAAUUGGAACCUGCUUCUGGAAACCCUACUGCAUCAUGAUGGUCUUUUACUGAGAAUCUUGCUAAAGAGCUCAAAACACACCUUUCAAGAACAAGGUUCUGAUACAGAAAGUAAUGUGAACCAAGGAUCCAGCUUGAUAGAAGCUAUAUUUAAAGUAUUGUACCACUGCAAUUUUUCUCCACAAACAUUUGGAAAUGUUUUUGUGAGCUACAUGGAAGAAGAACAUUUAUGGGACUUUUUAUAUAACAUUCCAGUCUCAACGUGCCUGGAGUCUGAGGUAGAGGUCAUCCGAUGCCUGAGACUGGCACUGACUGACGCCGUCAAGGACAUUGUGAAGCAGAUAAUAUCUGCGCUGAGCUCUUGGAGAAACUGUGAGACAAACCUUAACAAGCACAGUGUUCUUGAAUGUCUGCGUGAGAGCAUUCCAAAAGAAUGGAAUUAUACUCCAAAAGAAACCAAAAGGAAAGAAUCAAGCAAAGGCUUCACAAGGCUUGCUGCUCAGGCAGUAUCUAUUGUAAUCAGCAAGUUACCUACGGUGAUUGCAUGUUUGCCUCCCCCAGUUAAAUACUUCUUUUUUCUGUCUGAGAGAAAAAUGUCAAAAAACUUUGUUGAAUUAAAGAAAGCUGGCCUGCUUGUCUGGAACUUGAUUGUAAUUAUAUGUCGGAUAUUUGAGGAUGGAAACACUGUGGAACUUUUAACAGGUGCCUCCCUUGACAGAUGGAGUAAAGAGAAACUCGGUUUAAUCUGUGUGUGUUUGGAAAGCAUCAUGGGAGAGCAGACAAGUAGCCCUAAUCAAAUGACCCAAAAGGUCAUAUGGAGCAUUGAGCAGCAAAAACCCAACUGGAUUGAAUGCCAAUUGUUGAAAGCAAGGAAACUGAGCACCGAAUGUGCAUUUAUGACAAUAGAGAAAAGCACAGCCUUAGAAGAAGGAGAUAUUGCUCUUGAACUGACUGAGCAGAAAAUAAACAUGAUGGUCCUGGAUAUCUGCCACAAACCAGGUGGCAGCGAGUACCUGAGGCAAAUUUAUCACAUCAUGCGGCUCAAUGAGGAGUAUUUAAAAGAACAGCUGUUUUCUAUGAAUGGUUCAGAGGAAAAGCCAUUACGCAUCCGACCUUUAAAGAUGACCUUGAGGAGUGUGGAAGAUCAGCCCUCUGCCUUUAACCCUUUCCAUGUGUACAAGGUGUUUAGCGAAAGCGUGCUUGAUCAGUCAGCUAUCACAAAAUGGAACUGGAAUUGGUCAAACUUGCUGCCAAAUUAUCUGGGACUGGAUAAGACGACCUUCAAUGUACUGCUCAAAAACAGGUGGGAAAUGAGGAAGGAUGAAAGACUAGAAGAGGAAGAAAAAGCAAUGCUGGAACAUCUAAAACUAAUGUGUACCAUCCAGGACUCUUCUGCCUCAGAUAACACAGAGGAACAGUAAUCUGCAGAAAACAGCAACAGUUUCAUUUUAGGAAAUAAUCACAUGUAAUGGAAUAGGAUUUUUACUCUAGUCAGAAUGAACCUCUGAUGUGCUGUGAAGCGUGAAACCAAUGACUGAGUAAUCUCUGAACUGAAGAAGAGUACAGCACAUAAAGAAUAAAAUGUUACAUAUUUUUUAUUUUUAAAAUAAUUUCAAAUGUUUUUCUUUCCUCAGUCUUUCUCCUAAUAUGAUAUAACUACUGCCAUCUCGUGUUCCCUUUGAAUUAUUUUUUUCUUUCAGUCUUGAAGUGUCUAUGACAAUAGGCAAAAUGUUUGGAAAUCUUUUCCCGAAGGAUUUUUAAAUACAACAUUUGGAUGUUAAGUUGGAGUCACAUACCCCCCUGAGGGUCAUCUGAAAUUUUCAAAUUAAUUUUGUAGCCGUAGCCCAAGUCCAGGUCUUAACUGCCUUUCAUACCCACCACUUUACCAGUCUCCUUUCCCAUGGCCUCUUCCUCAUCCAAUUUAUUUUAAUCAGAGCCACAAAAAGCACUCUCUUGAAGUAUACCUUUAGUAAUAUCUAUGCCUACAGUGGUUUUCCAAACAUCAGAUUCGAACUUCUAAUCAUAUCCUAUCAGAACCUAUACCAGCGGUGCCAUGUUCAGCAAACUGCCUGUCAUCCAAGACACACGCUUGCCAUUUUUCCCAACUAGAAACCAUCUUUCUCCCAAGAUCAUGUUCAAAAUUCACUCCAGCAAUCUUGUUAUCCAUAGUUCCAUAGUUUCUGUUACUUCUCUUAUUUCCAUUGCAUUGAUACACACACACGAACACAGGCACACACACACAUGAAGGAAACGGAACGUGUUCUAGUGCCUCUGUGCCAAGUAGGGUUGUAUUUACUAUAUUCUUCCCAUCAGUGCCUGAUAUUAGAUUAAAAAGACCUUGAAGGCUUUACAAUAUAAUAUGAAAUCUCCCUUUAUAGCAGUAGUCUCCCCAGAUACCUACUAUAGAGUUAUUCAUCUAGUGGGCAGUUAAUAAACACAGUUGUUUAAAUGGCUGUCAUUGUAAGAAGACAGCAAAGACAAUUAGACUGUUGAGCAACCUAUAGGACAUCUGGGAGAAGCCUUAUAUCAUGAACUAUUUUAGACCAUAUGACAUUGAACAUCAUUGUUUCUGAUGUUCUCAGGUUAUUCAUGCUCCCACAUUCUGUGAUUUUUAUAAAAUAUGUAUAGGCUACAUGAUUUCCAAAGGAAAGUACUUGAACAUUUUUCAAAGAGUAAAGCUUGGAGUGCAGAGGACACCUUAGAAAAUCUCUUGCAUUAGUCCCUUAUAUAAAAACACAUAAAUGGCCAUGCAGCCAGCUGCCUGUCAAAUAACACAUUUUAUUUUUAAAGAAUGUACUUUAGUUGGCCAGUAUAAUCAUAAACCAAGUGUUUUAAGACAUGGCUGAAAUAAUUUCUAAAAAUUUUAUGCAGACCAUUUAAAAAAUGCUAAGAAAUUUUUAUGAGAAUUAGACUUUCCACAUACUCUUAUCUAUAAACAGUUACUAUAACAACAAACAUAAGGCAAUGGUUGACUUUAUUCCUUCAGCUUAGUGAUGGUCUAUGUACUAAAUCUGCACAACUAUAUUUUAUUAGAAUAGACACUAAAAUAGGAAGUCAAGAAAAUAAAUUGAUCCAAAAGCUAAAUAAAAUAAUCUUAUAAAGUUAUAGGAUUUCACAUUUGGCUCCUUUUGUUUUCUAAUAUAUCUAAGGAUCAUCUGUUAACACUAUUUUUUAUUGAAUCUGUACACUUCUGUAUUAAUCCUGGAAAGUGAUUUAGUUUGUCUUGAACAAACGUCUAUAUGGCUCCCUUCCAAAAGGAAAGAAGUAUAGUAAGGGGAGAAUGAGAUAAGUUGAAAGGAGAGAAAUGUAGAAAAGAGAGAAGAGUUUGCAUUUGAUUUCUAUGCUUGAUCUAUGAAAUUACUGUAGCCAUAAGUGCAGUAAAAUUUAUAAUUGGGAAAUUUAAAUAAGUUAUUGU